AUGUUUGUGAAAAGGAUUCACACGGCCCCGUUUGUCCUGCCAGAGGACGAUCCAGCGUUUUUGCGCAAGUCACAAGCCGGGGCGCACAAUAUUCCCUCUGCCGUUUUUGAACGUGCAUGGAACGAGGUACGCAAAUUGCAGAGUAAUCUAGACAGUGGCUAUUACUCACACUCGUCCGGUGAAAGUGAAAUGCCACCUUCGGAUGACGAGUACUCUGACGAGAUCUAUCUUCGCCCCCGCCGUAACUCCGCUCUGCACGGGAAGGAUUUGGGUCAUUCCGACAGCCCACGAUCUUCUACCAACUCUUUCGGUGCGAAGGUCGACAAGCGCAUGUGA